CAAAGUCAGCUGAUUGCGGUAAGUGAUCGUUGAUCAGCUGAUCUGCUUGCAACUGGAGCCAAUUCUAAUCUGCUGAUUGACCGGAAUAGUGAUCAAUCAAUUCUAUCUAACCUGCUAACAAACACACCGUGUGUCUUCAAGGCAUGAAUUAUAAUGAUUGUAACACAUCCAGAGUCCAACAUUCCAAGGUGUAGUUGUUAUUUUAUUUGUACUAGGAUGCACAAGCUACUCAUAGUAACUUAUAUUAAUACAGUACACAUGUAGGUGUAGCAUUGGAUUUAUAACUAUACUUGAACAUGUAAGGUAGAUAUUGUAUAUAGUUAUAUACAGCUCAAACUAAGAAUAGACACAAAUUGCCAUGGAAAGGAGGAGUAAACUUUCUUUUAGCUCUGAUGUGGAACAGAAGCAGGCUCUUAAAAGUGAUGUAGAGAAUGGUUUGACAAGGACAGUUAGUAGAGAGUUCACUCCCCCUGAUGGCGGAUGGGGAUGGGUUGUUUGUUUUACAUCAAUGUUGUGUAACGGGACAGUGUUUAGUAUUAUGAAUACAUUUGGUAUAUUGUAUACUUUCCUCCUGGAUGAGUAUGCUGCUGGAGAUCCAGAGAUAUCCUUAAAAACUUCAUUUGUUGGUUCAGUAUCGACUGGUCUAACCUUUCUAAUGAGUAUUGUAUCCAGUAUUCUCAGUGACCGAGUUGGAAUCAGACCAACUGCAUUUGUUGGAACAUUAUUUGGCCUCGUCGGAUUGGUGUCAAGUGCGUUUGUUACAGAAUUAGAAUUACUUUAUUUAACAUUUGGUGUAUUCCUAGGAAUAGGAGCAGGACUAAUUUAUUCACCAUCACUUACAAUCCUUGGUCAUUAUUUUGACAAGCAUAUGGGACUAGUUAAUGGCAUUGUAGCGUUUGGAAGCUCAUUGUUUUCCAUUAUUUUAUCGAUAGCACUACCAUAUUUACUGAAAGGCAUACAAGUCAAAUAUACAUUCGUUGUGUUAGCUGCUAUGUACUUGAUUCUGGUAUUCUGUACAUUGACGUGGAAGCCAUUGAUACCGAAACAAUCUAAUCUGGCCGCUUUGACACUUUCCAAAGAGAGUGUAGUUGAACAUGUGAACGAUUGUUGUGCCUUUGCCAAAACGUUUCUGAACACGAAGAUAUUUAAGAACAAGGCUUAUGUGAUUUGGGCAGUAUCCCUAGGAUUAUCUCUGUUUGGUUACUUUGUUCCUUUUGUUCACCUGGUUAAACAUACCAAAGAUUUAUUUCCUGGUGAAAAUGGAGCUUUCUUGAUCACAUGUACUCAGAUUACAUCAGCCAUUGGUCGCCUCGUAUUUGGCAAGGUAGCAGACUUGAAAUUUGUAAAUCGUGUUACAAUGCAGCAAGUAGCGUUCUUGGUGAUGGGUGUGACUACAGCAUGCAUCCCUUUUUCGUCAAGCUUUGGUGGUCUAAUAGCUAUAAGUCUGGUCCUAGGAUUGAGUGACGGAGUAUUUGUUUGUUUGAUUGGUCCCAUAGCUUUUGAUAUUGUUGGACAGUAUCAAGCAUCACAAGCUAUUGGAUUUUUGCUGGGAAUAUUUGCUAUACCUUUCACUAUUGGACCUCCAGUGGCAGGUGCUCUAUAUGACAGUAUGGGUAGUUAUAAAGUAGCUUUCCAUGCAGCAGGUGCCCCUCCUAUACUUGGUGCUAUAUUGAUGUUCCUUAUUCCUAAGGUCAAACAGCACUACCCUGCAGCUACUGAGGCAGAGACUUUUGCAUCCAUUUCUCUGUUAGAUAUUCACCACGUCAGUAGUCAACAUUUCAAAGAUCAGAUAGAGAGAUGUAAGAAGAGUUCAGGUGGUGGACCUGCAGAAACUGAACUGGAACUUGUACAUGCUAGUCAGUUAUGGGGUGGUGAGAAAACUACAGGACAAUCUGCCAACAUUGAUCGAUCUCUGUCAACAGAUAACAACGAAAAUCAAAACGCAGAGGGAGAAAGUCAAACAGUAGAAAAUCACAACAGAGAUGAAGAAAGAAACACAGUAGAAAAUCUAGAGAAAAUGGAAGACAAUGAGCAGCUUUUAGAAAAAGACAAACAAAUUUCAGAAGAGCCCAUUGAAAGUAACAAUGAGGCAGAAAUAAAGGACAGAAUGGAAAACACAGCCGAAUCAGAGGAAAAACAAAAAUUAUUAUCAAAUGUUUCUCAUACUGACAGUGAUACAACAGAUGACAGUUUAGCUAAGGAUAUUUUAAAAAGUAUUGGAAUUUCAGAAGCAUAGAAAAUUAUUGAUUCAUCAUUUUUGUCACUGCCUAUAUGUUUUUGUUGUUAAACAUGCUUUUGUCCAAAUAUUUGUUUAUGUCAUUUCAAUCAUAUUGUGCAAUAUUUGAAGAUUUUGAUCACAUGUUGAUGUAAAUCAGACAGUGUAUCUGACCAUUAUUUACAUUAUGACACUAUUUGAAAUGAAUUUUCUGUCUCAGAUCUCUGCUAUUGUUACUUAUGGUAUUUGAAUCAUGCUUUAU